AUGACUCUGAAGCUCAAAGACAAAUUAGCACUAGAGAUACAAUGCCUUUGUAAGUUCAGUGCCUGUGGGACAUCCAAGAAGAUUAAUGUUCCUGUGGCUGUUCCUGAAUGUCAGUUCCUCAGGUGUCACUGCCUGCAGGUUUCUGUAGCUACUGAUGAUGCCGAAGCUGUCCCACAUCAUACCCAGAAAGCAGUGUGGACGCUGCCACUGUUAGUCACCAAGUUACUGGACAAUGGAGCAUGUGUUUCCGGGGAGCCAGCUGGCGUUGCCGGCACCAAGGAGUCACCUUUUAGUCUGGGACUCCUUCACCGGCCAGAUGAAGACUGGGAUUCUGCCCUGUUUGCUGAACUCGGCUAUUUCACAGACACUGAUGACCUGCAAUUGGAUGCAGCAAAUGAAACUUAUAUUAAAACAGAACCUCAGCCACUUUUGCCAGCCUCCUCAAGUUGUUCAAUCUCAUCUCCUAAAUCAGUGGACUCUUACUCAUCAACUCAGCAUGUUCCUGAGGAGUUGGAUUUGUCUUCUACUUCUCAGAUGUCUCCUCUUUCCUUAUAUGGUGAAAGCUCUAAUAACCCCUCCUCAGCAGAGCCACUGAAGGAAGACAAGCCCAUCAUUAGUCCUAAGAGCAAAACCGAAAAUGGACUGACUCCAAAGAAAAAAAUUCAAAUAAAUUCAAAACCUUCAAUUCAGCCCAAGCCUUUAUUACUUCCAGCAGCACCCAAGACUCAAACAAACCCCAGCGCUCCAGCAAAAACCAUCAUCAUUCAGACACUACCAACACUUAUGCCAUUGGCAAAGCAGCAACCAAUUAUCAGUAUACAUCCUGCACCCACUAAAGGUCAGACCAUGGUGCUCUCUCAGCCUAGCGUGGUUCAGCUCCAGGCACCUGAAGUUCUGCCCUCUCCUCAACCAGUCCUUGCUGUUGCUGGGGGAACCACACAGCUACCUAAUCACGUGGUGAAUGUGGUACCAGCCCCUGUGGCAAACAGCCCAGCAAAUGGGAAACUUUCUGUGACUAAACCUGUCCUACAAAGUACGAUGAAAAAUGUGGGUUCCAAUAUUGCUGUGUUAAGGAGACAGCAACGUAUGAUUAAAAAUCAAGAGUCAGCUUGUCAGUCCCUCAAGAAGAAGAAAGAAUACAUGCUAGGCUUAGAGGCAAGGUUAAAGACAGCCUUUUUGGAGAAUGAGAAGCUGAAGAAAGAGAAUGGUUCACUGAAGCGGCAACUGGAUGAAGUUGUAUCAGACAACCAGAGGCUUAAAGUUCCUAGUCCGAAGCGAAGAGCUAUCUGUGUGAUGAUAGUUUUGGCAUUUGUAAUACUGAACUAUGGACCCAUGAGGGGACUGGAAUGCCGGAUCACACCGCCAGGCUGCUCGGCAGAUACCCUGACUCGUGCACUGCGGAUCUGGGGCCUGGCCGCUCGCUCUGCCUCAUCAGGUGAGACUGCUGGCCUGUGA